UUCCUUUCAUCAAAUCAAAUAGAUAUUCACAAGUACAUAAAAUACAAACAGCAAUCUUGUUAAAUAUAUGUGCAUAAUAACAAAUUGAGAGACAAUAGCAAUAUAAACAUUCAUCUUAUGCAGCUUUCUGAUUUUUAUCGCCCUAUAAUUUACAUUUGUGGGUCAAUAUCUGGUAGUUGUCUUCUUGUUAUGCUAAUAGUAUAUACGCGUGAUUGGAUCACAGGCAAAGGCUUUUUUGAAAAUGGAAAAAAGGAAAAUGUUAUUAACGUUAGCACUAAAACUCAAGACGCAUUAUUUAGUGAAGAAGAGUUUGAACAAUCCAUAGAAGAGACUGAGCAAACUAAAGAAGAAUCUGAAGUAGAAACGGAUACUCCAGAAAAAAAGUUUCUGAAAAGGUACAGAGACAGAGGAAAUCAAACUGACAGUUCUUUUCAAAACAAAUAUAAACAUCUGAUUAAAUCUAAAGAUAAGAAAAAGAAAGUGGAUAUUAUUUUUCAGCGGGAGCGUAACAAGUUAAACAAGUCCAAUAACAAAAAGAAUGAAGACACGCAAAGGUUUUGUCAUGAUGAACGUAAAAUAAUAGUUUCGGCUGCAAAUAUUCCAAAAAUAGUUUCACUAUCAUGUUUUAACUCCAGUCUAGGAUAUCAUCCUGCAAAAUUGGAAGAAAGAGCCUAUCGAAUUUCUCGAUGGAUCAAAGGUACCGUUUCUGAGUCCACUUUGGGUUCGUCUACAUGGAAUCCACAUUGUGGCAUAGACAUGCAUGCCAAAUCACACGUAGAUACAAAUGAGCGUGACAUUCAUUGGAUAAAAGACACUGAUGCAAAGCCUAAUGUCGAUGCAAAUAAGCGGGCACCUUUCCUGACCACUGAUGCUACGUCUAAUAAUGAUGCAAAUAAACGGAUUCCUCAUUGGAUCGAAGACACUGAUACCAAGCUUAAGACCAAUGUGUACGAACAAACGUCUCAUCAUAACAAAUACACUGAUACCACGUACGCCAACGAUGCAAAUAAGCGUAUAGUUCACUGGAUAGAAGAAACUAAUUCUAAGUUUAAGAAUGAUGGAAUUAACCAGAUCUCUAACUGGGUUAAGGAUGUUGAUCCUAAGUUUAAUUCUGAUUUGAACAAGCAGAAUUCAUCUGCAAGAAGCGGCCGUUCAGAAUCCCUAAUAGCUAGGUUAGAUGACGCUAUACAUUUUUUAACCAUUCUCAAAUCAUCCACCGCUCACGAUGAUAUGAAUCAAUUGGAGGGAAUAUUUGUGAUGAAAAAUCCUGAGAAUGACAACAAUUGCUGCAAGGUUCAUGACAAAGACAUGGAAAAAAGAAUAGACGAUAGCAGUGAUGAAGCAGUAAAUGUUCGUUAUUUGGAAAAGAUUUGCAAGACGCCUAAACCAAAUGACCUUGCCUCCCCCAAAAGCGUUAAAAUAAGGAAAAAAGUAAAAACCUAUUUGAAAGGCUUGCAUGAGUAUCGCCAUAUUGAUGAUAACGUAUUUCAUAAAAACUCUCGAUUAAUGGAUGAUUUAGUUCAAUACUGGAAAGAUCGGGAAAAUAGCAGUGGUAAUAGUCAUCAUAAAACAAGUAUUGAUGGCUCUUAA